AUAACAACGAGUACUAGUACUAUUGCUGCGGCUUAUUAAAAUAAUAAUUUUAUUUAAAGAAAAUCAAAAAGCUUGUUCUCGUAAAUAUAUUAGCUCUGACCCGAUUUUGUUUUUUGGAUCUUGGUUUUAGACGCCUCAGUCAAAAGGGUCUUCUCUCAAAAUCUGUGUUCGAGCUUCUGAUAUUGGGAUCUUCCAAGGUUAUUAAAAAGAAGCUUUAUGGAUUCUACAGAAACCGAGUUGGCCCAUGUUUCUGUGGAGGCAACAACAGAAGGAAACAUCUCGUUGCACAAGGAAAAUGGGAUAUUGAACCCGGACUCAGGUAUAACAUUUGGUUCGCAUGGAACGGAGGAGACUGGUAAAAAGGCUGUGAACAAUUUGCCAGAAAAUGGCAUCCCUAAGAAUGCAGUUGAUGAAUGGCCUGAACCUAAGCAGAUCCACACCUUUCAUUUGGUCAAAUAUCGGUUGUAUGAUGACCAAAAAACAAAAUUCCUUCUUGAUCAGGCUGAUAAAGAGCUUAAAAAGAUCAAUCAAGCUCGUUAUCUGAUCACCGAAAAACUUAGAGCAAAAAGAGCUGAUCGAGCCCAAGUGAUUUCUCAGUUAAGGGCUCUUGUUGAUGAAAGUAAGCAGUUCAGGCAAAUCAUAGAUGAGAAGAGAAAGGAGAUAGAACCUUUGCAUCAGGCUUUAGGCAAAUUGCGCAGUUCGAACACCGGAGAUAGAGAGAGGAGCUUUAUAUGCUCUUCUGAGGAAGAGCUAAACAAUGUUAUCAAGAGUCUACAAUACCGCAUUCAACAUGAGAGCAUUCCUUUGUCUGAAGAGAAGCAACUAAUUAGAGAAAUCAAACAGCUAGAAGGGACACGGGACAAAGUUAUUGCCCAUGCUGCUGUUAGGGCUAAGAUACAGGAUUCACUUGGGGAAAAGGAAUCCAUUCAAGACCAGGUUAAGCUAAUAGGUUCUGGUCUGGACGGAGUUCGAAAAGAGAAGAAAGUAGUUCAGGACAAGCUUGAUCAGCUGGAUAAAGAAAAGGAGGCCAUAAAUAAGGUGAUCAAGGAUUUGGAUGCUGAGAUGGACCUUAAUACAGAGAACAGGGAGAAGGCUUAUGAAAAGAUUCGGGAACUGAGAAAACAACUUGAUGAAGGGAAUGCUCCUUACUACCAAAAUCGUACAACCUUAAACAAGGCCAGAGAGCUUGCUGCAAGGAAAGACGUCGAAGGUCUUCAAAAUCUUGCUGCUACAGAGGUUGAGACUUUUAUGUCCCUAUGGAGUACUACCAAGGCAUUUAGGGAUGAUUAUGAGAGAAGAAUUUUGCCAAGUCUAGACAUGCGUCAAAUGAGUAGGGACGGACGAAUGAGGAACCCUGAUGAGAAGCCAUUAGUGGUAAGGGAGAAUUUCCCUAUAGCUGAAACUGAAAGAGUGGUAAAACCACAACAGAAACCGCUGAAGGAAGAUUCCAAUACUUCAAUCAACCAGAAAGAGAAAAGUGCGAAACAACAAAAAGAAACAAGUAAAGUGCCAGAUUCUGAAAUUACCGUAGCAGCAACUGUUGUGAAAGAUGAGUUUGAAAAGAUAGAAAAAGAUCCUCUUCCAGUGAUAAAUAAAGUUGAAAAGGAUCCUCUUCCGGUGAAAAAUAAAGUUGACGAGGCUAAGCUGAAGGAGUUAAAGAGAGAGGAAGAGAUUGCUAAGGCUAAGCAAGCCCAGGAGAGAAAGAAGAAAUUGGCAGAGAAAGCGGCAGCGAAAGCAGCUAUAAAAGCUCAAAAGGAAGCUGAAAAGAAACAAAAGGAUCGCGAGAAAAAGGAGAAGAAGAAAGCUGGAGCUUCUGCAUCUGUGGAAACUGAGGAGCCAACUGAAGCACCAGAAGAUGUGGUCGGUGAAACAGAAACUGCUGAUGAGGUCAAAGCUGUGCCAAAGUCCAAGGAAAGAAAAGAGAAAAUGGCAGUGAGACAGAGGGGUGGAGGGCGAGCAAAAGGUCCCGAUUCUCUUCCUAAGAUCAUACUCAAGAGGAAGAAAGCAACAAACUAUUGGGUUUGGGCUGCAGCUCUUGCCGCUAUUCUAGUUGUGCUGCUUUCGGUAAUGGGAUACUAUUAUCUGAUGUGAAGACCCAUAUCUGAUGUGAAGACCCAUAGUCGGAAGUCCCCACAGAUAUAAAAUCAACAAUGAACCAAAUUUUAUUUUGGUGACAGAAGACAGUGAGGUUAAUAAUAUAAAAAUGUACUUUGGAUCUAGUUAUAUUUUGGAAGACAGGUGAACAUCAAACUCUUAGUAUUUGCUUUUGCUAUAGAUCGGAUAGUUGGAAACAGCUGAGGAAGCAAAAAUACAUGUUUUGUAGUUCAAAGUUUUGAUGUGUGAAAAAUUUCUUGUUUUCUUAUCA